UGUACAACCUACACAGCCUAAGAGAAUUCGAUAUCGUGCCUUGGAGCCAACUCCCUUUUAUACUGUUUAUAUUCUGAUACUGGAUUAUGGUUCUACUGGCAUUGAAAGCACCAUGAAACAAGACGUGAGCUUUGACAGUCAAGGUCUGAGGAUAGUCGGCCAUCUUUAUACUCCAGAGAAGUCAACUUCCGAACAGCGCCUUCCAGCGAUUGUGAUUAGCAAUCCCGCCGGCGGCGUGAAAGAGCAAACGGCCGGUAUAUAUGCUCGUUAUCUAAGUGAGGCAGGAUUCAUAACCCUCGCUUACGACUCUGCAUACAAUGGCGAAAGUGAAGGCACUCCUCGGGGCCUGGAAGAUCCAGCACAUCGUAUCGAGGAUAUAAAAAAUGCGGUGACAAUGCUGAGCUUGCAUGAUAGAGUGGACCGAGAGCGGAUCGGACUCCUUGGGAUAUGUGCUUCGGGAGGAUAUACAGUCGUCGCGACGGCAACGGAUAUGAGAAUCAAAGCUGUCGCAACUGUCAGUGGCGUUGAUACGGGUGUCUUCUUCCGCGAAGGGUAUGAUGGAAGGCAAGACCCGUCGGUUUUGAAGGCGAUGCUGGAAAACGCUGCAAGAGCACGGACUGAGGCCGCUGUAACUGGCGGUGAAAUUGGUGGCUUUCCUAUACACCCACCCAACGAACCUGCCGCUCGCGAGCUCGGCGAAUAUCAUUUUGAAGGUUGGGAAUAUUAUAUGACUCCCCGAGCUUCUCACCCACGCUCAAGCAAAACCAUGCCGUGGAACAGCGUGGACAAGCUCGCUGGCUUUAACAGCUUCAGUUUCCUCGGCGCCAUCUCACCUCGCCCUAUUUUAUUUAUCGUGGGGACGAAAGCAGCCACAAAGUGGAUAGCUGAGCGCGGAAUGAAAGACGCAAGCAAUCCAAAGGAGCUUUACUGGAUCGAGGGUGCGUCGCAUGUUGAUCUUUACGACAAGGAGGAAUAUGUCCCUCUUGCAGUCAGGCGUCUCUCUAGUUAUUUUGAUCAGUGGCUGUAG